GUGAUGGAAGUCGGUGUUCGUGCUGGGCUCGGUGGCAGUGGUGAUGCGAUCGGCGUGGUCGAGGAUCCCAUCGUGGCAGAUGGCGAAGGUGCCGGCAGGGAGGGCGUCAAAGAGGACGUGGGCGUCGUAGUGGUCAAUGUCUCCCUGGUGGGUGUCCCUCCUGCCUCUGCCUUCCUGUCGAGCUCGGCCAGGAAUGCAUCGAGGUUCAUGCCAUUAGUGGCCGCCGUAAUCUCCUCGGCCGUUUCUGCGAAGCUUGGAUCCGCCGAGUCCCCGCACCAUAUGACAUUGGGGUGCAGCUGA